AUGGAGGAAUCUGCGCCAAAGCGAAGGCGUACUUCGCCGCGCACUUCUCUCAAUGUCGGCGCAACUGAAGAACCUGCGUCACCGCAAAGAAGACGGCCAUCAUACGCAUCGCCAACCAAAGCAAGCAUGUCACGAAAUAACCCCGAGGCUUUUGAGCGCCGAAGAUCAAGAUCACCGCAGAAGUUACCGAGCGCACGAGCUUCCGGUCAAUUUACUUUUGAUAGUCCUUCGGAAGCUCUUGCAGCGCGAUUGGCAACGAGUAGGAUUGUUAGUGAUGCUCCUACGCCUACGCGCCCUGAGGAUACGACUCCAGGAUCGAUUAGACGUGUGGGAGGAGGAAUGGCUUCUGCUGCUAGGAGGACGUCUUCGAGAGCGGGUGUGAGCGCGGAGGAAGAUGACUUUAAUCCGUUUCGGGGGAAGGUUUUGAGAAGAUCGCCUCAGGCUGGGAUUAGGAUGGAUGUUGAUGCGCCCUCUGCUUCGAUGCCGCAGCCUGAGUUGCCGCCUGCUUCUAUGCCAGAGCCUCAGCUUGGAUUGCCUUCGGAUGAGCCUAUGGAGGAGCCUGAGGAGAACACUCCCAUUCAGUCUGAAGAGCUGGCACCUGCCGAGGAGACGUCACCAGCGAAAUCCCCAUCAGCGGCUAGAAGCCCGUCGCCAGCACGGUCGUUUUCCUCGUAUGAUCUCGAGAUUCCAGCGCGAUCUUCAUCCCCAAUUAGGUCACCGUCUCCAGCUCAAGCUGCUGCAGCGCCAGAGCCAGAAGCGGAGGAAGAACCGGAUGGAGAGCCUGAGCAAGGCGUAGAACCAGAAGCGGAGCCAGAACAAGAAUCAGUGUCAGAUCUUGAGACCGAACCCCAGCCUGAUCCCGAACCUGAACGAGACUCUCCAAGCCCACCACCGCCUUUGCCAGACUUCUCAUCCUCGCCCCCGCCAGCUUCAAUGCCGCCUCCAAAGAUACCACCAUUAGUGCAACCGAACUCGCAAGACGCUGCUCCAUCAGUUUCACAACCAGUACCUCGACUACCGCCACGCGACACAGGACCGCGAAAGAGCUUCCAGAACAGCCCAGUCAGAUUCCGCGAGUUCUCACAGCAACGGGACUCUCCACUUGGCAAACCGCCGUCACGUCUGUUGGAGAAGCCAAGGAAGAGCUUCGCUCAGGCGGGCUCGGCACUCAGAGAGCCGCCACCUGUUCAAACCAACGCUCCAGAGGCUAGACAACCCCGGGCCUUUGAUCCAGAUGCAGAGAAGAAGAAGGAGCGGGAUAGGGUUCAGAAGGAGAUAGAGAGCUUGAAAAAGGACCUUGAAAUCGCGCGAAAGGAGAAUGAGCGCAUUCGAUUGAUGCAACAGUCUGGCCGCAUACUUGCACCGACAAAUCAAGACGAGGUCAUCAGCCUUAUCGAACGUCACCUAAUGUCUACUGGCACAGAACAGAGCAAAACAGCAUCACAACAGUUAUUACAAGCGGCGCUAAAUCCCGCUGCUCUAUUACCUUUCAGCAAGCCUACAGCCCCAGCGGUCCGACCGAUUGAGGAGAAGCAGCCUGACAUCAAGUCACAUCAUCCCGUGGCCAUGACAGCGAUAGAGGAGUUGCCCUACCUUGAGCUUUUUACACCAUUCUCGAUGACAUCCAAUACGUCCAUACUACCAGAGGCUGAAGGUGAGCCACUGAGGCAGCACUACUCCAUUACGCUUCGAUCACGCGAGAUACCAGGAAUCUUUACAGCCAAGAUUGAGAUGACAGUCAAUGCCACAGAGCUUACGGUUCUCGAUCUCGACGUUACAGCCUUGGAGCCAGCUGCAAAGUCUGAGCUCGGUCCUUUCAUUCGCAAGAUAUGCACAGGUGACUGCAACCGUUCCAUGCAACGCAAUAUCGGUAUCCUAUCGUGGGCCAUGGGUGAGUGGCUUCGAGUCGCUCUCGAUAGAGCAGGCUUUUGGUGCCAGUUGGAACAAAGUCUAGGCUCAAAGGACGGUGUAUCGGAGGCUGCAGCUCGAAUGAGGUCAAAGAAACAUCGACGGAGGAGGGACAGCGGUGAGGAUUCGGAUGAGGACGAGCCGACGCAAGUAGAAUCUGUCAAGAAAGCAGACCUCAUUCGCUAUUUGGGCCAGCAACACUUCGAUAUAUCAGUUCCGUACGGCGAUGCAGAGGAGUCAGGCGCCACGGUACGACUGGGAUGGAAGACCGAGUUUGACUGGACUGGAGAAGCGCAAACCAGACUUUCGGUCUUGGUUGGCGCUCCAGGGAAAUGGCACCAAACAGACGAACGAGGAUCACUUGCAAAGAUCCCCAAGCUUUUUGAAGAACUUGUACAUGGACACGAAGAACCCGAAACAGCUGUACGAACAAUUGUAGCACUCAUUGCCGGCGAGCAAUCAUGA